UGAAAGUAUUAAGGAAAGCUGAAAUAUAAUACAUAUAAUAAUGUUCAAACCUUUUGGUUAUAUCAAUUAAAGUUAAAUUAAAUGUAAAAGAUUCAUUUGUUUUGUUACUUUGAUAUUUUUGUAAUAUUUUUGAAAGUGAAAUCUAAUAUAUAUAAAGCGUGUAUUUCUGAAAUUAUGUAUUUAUCUUUAUGAGAAGGAAUAUGUAAAUAAGCUAAUGAUUUGUACAAAUAUUACAUAUUUUGUAUGUUUUUAUUAUGCAUACAGAUUAACAAGUUAACUACUGAGUGAAGUCUGUAUGUGUUAUUUAUAGUUCUAAAGCGCUGUCACUUAUUUGAGUACGAUUCAUUGUUAUAUACAGUUAUGAUACAUACCUUACCAAAAAAAAAGUAGGUGACAUGCCUAGCAGUCGUGAUAUUGAAAGAGCUGAACGUAAUGGAAGAUUUCGUGCACGCAGAAGAGAUAGUACCAGCAGUGAUAUAAAUCGACAUAGUUUCGAAGCACCUGAUAAGAAGCAUAGAAGGCAUGGGAAAAAUAAAAGUUCUGGGAAAAAGAAAAAGAAGAGAUCGAGAGAUAAGUCCAUAGAGAAUGUUCCAACUGUAGCUUCUUCCAUUGUUAAACCUUUGGUUGAAUAUUCAGAUGUGAGUAGCGAAGACUUGUCUGAACCAGAAGCUGGGGAAAUUCAGUCAGAAGAUAGCAGAGGUAAUAGCUAUACAGAUGGAGAAGUACCUGAAACAGUUUUACAAAGACGUUAUUAUGGAGGAAGUCCAGUACGUGCACUUGGAGCAUCUCCUAUUAGUCUUUCGCCAUCUCCACCAGUUCAACAUAGACAUGUUAAUAGACAUUAUUCGCCAAAUGAACAACAACCAUCUGCAAUGCAUGGUGGAACACCUGAAUAUGAAGAAGAGUCUAGACGAUAUGCAAGAAGAAAAGAGAAAAAACACAAACGAGAAAAGAAGAAGAAGAGAAGUCUUAGUCCUUCAUCCAGUACUGGGAAAAAGAAAAAACGAAAGUCUAAAAGGCAUUCUCAUAGUCUGAGUCCACAUCGCAUUGCAGAUGAAAUUAUCAUAAGCCCCGAGCAUGAAAAACCAAUUGGAAAUUGGUCAGAAUCACCGCCUUUACCGUUAAAAGAUAGUACCUCGCCGAUAUCACCUGCUACACCACAAGAACAAAGGUGUUUAAGUGAUGUAGAACUUGAAAUAACAAGGCAACCUCGAAAUGUAACUCCUCCAGCACUUCCUCCAAGACCAACAGAAUCCCCCCAUACCCCUUUAUUACCUCCAAGAACAACAACGCCGGAGAAUAGCAAAGCAAGUUUAUCAACAAUGAAACAUACUCCUGAAAGACAAAAGCAUAGUCCUAGUAUCCAUACGCGACGUAGUAGCAUUAGUCCAGGGCCCACUAUUAGCUCGAGUCGUAGGAGACCUCAUAGUCCAUCGCCACCAUCAAGGCGAAGGGACCAUAGUCCAACGAGAAGAAGAGAUUUUAGUCCAAGUCCAAUGAUGCAUAGACUUAGGCACAGUCCUAGUCCUUCAACAAGGCGAAGAGAAUUUAGCCCAAGUCCAGUAAGUCAUCGACGUAGAGAUCCUGUUAAUUCUCCACCUUCGAGUAAACGUAGACGGCGAGAAGAAUCUGAAAGACGACAUAGACAUCAUGAAAAAGACAGAAGAGAUAAAAGGAAGUCGAGAUCAACUAGAAGUCCUACUGGAAGCAGGUUACAUUUACCUCUUUCUCGUUCACGAUCACGAAGUCCUGGACGAUGGCGAAAGUUACAAUCACGAUCUAGAUCGCGUUCACGGAGAAGAAGUCGUACUCCAAAAAAAUCUCGUUCUCCUAGCAAGUCACAUAAAUCGACAAGAAAACACAAAUCAAAAAGUCCACGUCCUUCGAGGAUACCUUCUCCUUCCCCUCAUAGAUCCAGAGCAAGAAGCCCCUCAAGUAUCACAGCAAGAAAUCUCCGAGUACAAGCAAAGAUUAGUGAAACUAGUUUAUUUGCUGAACUCGUGAAAGAUAGAAACAUGAGGGAAUUAGCAUACAAAAAGUUACAAGCAGCUAAGGAGAAGGCUGUUACUCAAGAUGAAGUUCAAAUUAUAGAAGGCACUGAUGAAAAAGAUAGUAGUAGUGUAUCUUCUGAGAACAAAGCAUCCACAGACAAUAAGGAUAAGUACGUGAAUCAUAAAGACCAAUUGAAGAUAACAAAUGAAAGUAUGAAGCCUGUUGACCUUGUGGAUAUUCCUGUUCCAAUAUCGGAUGACAAUGGAAUAGCGGGAAAGACGCCACCAUUGCCAGUUACACAAACUAUUAAUGCACCAAAUGUAAUACCUGCAACUAAUCAGCAUAUGUUUGUAUAUACUUCACCUACAACUACCACUAGUGUCUGCCCAGUGACUGUUACAAAUAGUCCGAGUUUCCCAGCUGUUACAAAUCUGCAAGCGCCACCAUUGCCACAAUCUGAGUCUGCAAAUGCAACAGGUUUAGUGUCUAUGUCAGUGCCUAUUCCUGUACCAGUACCUGUUCUCCCUAAUUUAUCUGUUCCACCACCACCUAUACCUAUACCAGUUCCAGCACCAAAUACGGCUAUGUCUAAAUUUAAUCCUCCUAACAAUCUAGUUCCUCUUAAGUCUGUAGAUCCUCCUAAGCCUCCUAUUGUAGCAUUCAAAACUAAAAGUUUAUCACGGUUACCAUUACCACCUGGAAUUAAUCAAAAUGAUUUGGAGAGUAUAGACUCACCACCGAGUCGAUCUCCAAGUCCGCCUAGUAAGGCACAAAUGAAAUUCCCAGCUUCAACUACAAAACCACCGCAAAAAAAGAGUAUUAAAGACUUACCUAUGCCACCAGUUGUUCCUGGAUCAGAAGAUUUAAGUGGAGAAGAUGAUCCAAAUGCAACGCCUCCUCGUACAAAAGUUGAACGUGUACCACCAAAACCGAAAUUAAAAAGACCAAAAAUUUUGAAACGUAGAAGUUCUAGAAAUUGUCAUAUGCCUAUGUCGGCUUCGAGUGGUAAAGAUUGGGGAGAACGCUCUGUUGACGUAUUUGAAGUCAUAGCUCAAAUAGGAGAGGGUACUUAUGGACAAGUUUAUAAAGCUCAAGACAAACGAGCUGGUGUGCUUGUUGCAUUAAAAAAAGUUCGUCUGGAAAAUGAAAAAGAAGGAUUUCCCAUUACAGCAGUACGAGAAAUUAAAAUCUUACGACAACUCAAUCACAAAAAUAUCGUGAAUUUGAGGGAAAUAGUUACGGACAAACAAGACGCGUUAGAUUUUAGAAAGGACAAGGGUUCAUUCUAUCUCGUAUUUGAAUACAUGGAUCAUGACUUGAUGGGUCUUUUGGAGUCUGGAAUGGUCGACUUCAAUGAAAUGAAUAAUGCAAGCAUCAUGAAGCAGUUAUUAGACGGAUUAAAUUACUGCCACAGUAAAAACUUUUUACAUAGAGAUAUCAAGUGUUCUAAUAUACUGAUGAAUAACAAAGGGGAAGUUAAAUUAGCUGACUUUGGACUUGCAAGACUUUAUAAUGCUGAAGAUAGGCAGCGUCCCUAUACGAACAAAGUGAUAACUUUGUGGUAUAGGCCACCUGAAUUAUUACUGGGCGAAGAACGUUAUGGCCCUGCAAUAGAUGUAUGGAGUUGUGGCUGUAUUUUAGGAGAAUUAUUUUCUAAGAAACCGCUAUUUCAAGCAAAUGUAGAAAUGAUGCAGUUGGAGAUGAUUUCCAGAGUCUGUGGUACACCGACUCCUGCCGUUUGGCCUUCUGUGAUAAAACUGCCAUUAUGGCAUACAUUGAAACCAAAAAAAUCACAUAGAAGACGUUUACGAGAAGAUUUUUCAUUCAUGCCAGCACCAGCACUGGAUCUUUUAGAUAAAAUGCUGGAAUUAGAUCCAGAAAAACGAAUAACGGCUGCUGAUGCACUUAAAAGUGCAUGGCUGAAAAAUGUUCAACCUGAGCAGAUGCCAGUACCUGAGCUUCCUAUUUGGCAAGACUGUCAUGAGCUCUGGAGUAAAAAACGAAGACGUCAGCAGCGUGAGCAACAAGAAAGCUCUGCUGGAAAGAUGCCUCUUCUCCCUCUUCCAAAUAAAGGAGGUCCUCAUAAGGCUAUGGAAGAUCUGUCUGAUGUCGGGGGGUCUUCCAAACGUUUAAAAAUGGAAGCAGGUUACAAUUCUCAUCCAAAUCGUCUUGAUACGGAAUCUUUCUAUGGGGGAGAUAAUUUGUUCAACCAAAGCAGACCUUACAUGGUCUCAUCGCCAUCAUAUUAUUACACAAGUCCUCCACCUGUUACACCACGGCCCAAGGGAGAUGUUAACAGACCUUAUAUGAUCUCAUCACCAUCAUAUUUUUAUGUUAGUCCACCAUCAAUUAUGCCACGGCCCAAAGGAGAUACUACCUCUCAUAUGCCAGAAUUAUACACAGAAGAUAAUCUUGUUCGGAAAUUAAGUGCUCUCACAAAUGUAUUAAAUCAGGGAAAACCAAUUCGUGUUGAAGAUCUCAUGUCACUUCGAUCAGAUAAUGAGAGUGACCCAAAAGUAGUACAAUUACUAGGAGAAUUGCAUGCUGAACUACGACUUGCUGCAAAUUCAAGAUCAAGUGGAUUAAUAGAAUCUCACCUUCCUGUACUAAAUCCACUACCUUUAGAUACAAAUGCAGCACAGUCAGGAAAUUUUGAUGCACAUGCAGUUUAUGCUGGUGAUGAUGCAAUGAGUUCUGGAAGGUGGUCACAGGUGGCUACAGCUGGUGUUCGCAGUGCAUUGUUAGCGCUAAUGUCGCGCUAUGGUUUGGAAACUUGCAAUCCUUCCCCUGUUAUCACCCGACCCCCAGGUAAACCAACAUCCAACCUAACACAAAACCUUUCCCUACCCUCGACUUCCUCUCAGUCAGCAUUCAGCUCAUAAUGAUCUGUAUAUAUAACUCUUUACAGCGUUCUAAACUAUGUUCUGUAUAAAGUUGGAAAAGGUCUAAAUUGCUAUUUUUUAAAUUAACUAGGCAUGGAAGUACAACUGCAUCCAAGUUGUUUAUAGACUACUAUCUGUUCAUAACUGUAAGUGCACAUUCGGUGUAUAAUUGUAUAUAAUUGAUGUAUUAUUAUUACGUGACCAGUUACUUAAUAUAGUACUUGUAUCUUUAAUAAUAACAACAUGCUCUUUAUAGUCCACACUUAUGCGACAUAUGAAAUAAGAGCUUCAAAGUAUUAAUGUUUAUCAUCUUAGUUUAUCACAUUAAGUUUCGUUUUCAUAUUGGAAAUAUUUAAUACUUAUGUGUAUAUAUAUACAUGGAGACACAGGUAUAGUGUAUGUACAUCUAAAAGGUUCAAACAAAACGUUUGAUAGAUCAAUAUAGAUACUUUUAUCUUUUUCAAAACAAGAAUUUGUUUUUAAAGUAUUUAGCGUUUACUGCAUAUAGCUUUAUGUUAGGUGAUAUAUUUUGUUAUACUGAAUGAAUUUGUUGAAAACGAAUUAAAAUAUGAGGGUUGAAGGUAUUUGAAAGAAAACUAAAAUUGGAUGCAUUCUAAAUGUUUAUUUGUUGCAUAAGCUUUUCUUUUUAUAUACGAUGUCAAAUCCUUAUUUAUUAUGGAAAUAUUUACGGGAUGUAAUGUACAUAAUAAUAUCGAGACAUAAUAAAGAGAUAAAAGUACACGAA